AUGCUUGUGCUUUUGAAUCGUCGUUGUCUCUUAAGACAUAUCCGCUUCAUUCCAGCGCCAGCUAUUGACUUUACAUUCGUAUUUGUGGAUGUUUUUUGUGUUGCAUAUGCCCUCGAACGGAUUCCCUUGAGAACCGAUGGAAAAAUCAUAAUGAAGAACGUGGAUCUACUAAUCUAUGCCUUACUACCUUGUAUUCAUGCUGUUGCUCGAUUUGAGCCAACAUCGGUGACUGACGUUUCGUUGGUUAUUCGAAUGAUAAAGGGAAAUAAUGUAAGCAGUUUUGAUAUGGCUAUACAGAUAUUCGAUUUGGAUCGAUUGAUCGAAUAUCGGAAAACGCAAUUAAGAGGAUCUACCAGGGAUCAGUUGUUCUCCUUCGAUGGUUUAACGCCUGGAACAUGGUUCGCUUUCCGGAUACACUAUCAGUUACAUUACGAGAAUUCAAAAGAGCCGAAGCAUGAUUUGAAAACAAAACAGGAGAUAAUAGUACGAACCAAGGAGUCACAGCAUGAGGAUCCAACGAAGAUCAACGAUAGCAUAGCGUAUAUCGAUGACCUAUUCCUUACUAAGGAUAAUAUAUACAUCGGUGUUGCGUCAGUGUUCAAGGAUACUAAGAAGGUAAUCACUGUAAUUGUUCCCGAAUUGCGAUGCUCAAAAGGUGUGCUCAAACCAUUGGCUCAACAAGUGAGUUCAACAAGGUCUACAAGACAAAUGAGGGUCUCGUCUUGUUGUGAGGGAAAGAUUCUAAGUGUACCCACCGACAAUCUUGAUUAA